UUUUAGGGUUAACAUAACUACAUUGACAGUUUGUAGUCUAUCGCUGUAAGAUUAGUCGGGAAUUACAACACCAUUUUUGUCCUGCCCUGAACACCAAAGCUGAAAAUUUCGUCAAACUUGUCACCAUACCCAUUUUUAUCCUUCAUACCCGACCGGGUAGACCGUUGAGACCCGAACCCACAGGCCCUACCCAAUUGUAAAAAUGGCACGUUACGGUUGAAGUCUUUGACACGUACAUCGCAGCAACAGGAAGCUCUCUCCUGCAAGAAGAAAAAGGCCUCUCUCUCUCUCUCUCUCUCUCUCUCUCUCUCUCUCCAUUUCGUCGCUGGGUUACUUGUGUCUGCAACAAAGAAGCUGUCUUGGAGCUCGAGUCGUCUCAAAGUCCCAUCUCAACUCAUCACACAUAGUUCCAGCCAAGACCAGGCCGAACUUGGGCUUGCUCCAGGAGCUAACAGCAUAGCCACUCAUUCCAGAGAUCUCUCUGGAUCAAAUUUGAAAACCCUAGUGAAGAAAAGAAAAUGAAAAGAGAAAAAUGCCAUCAUUUUCAGUUUUCAGUUUAACCUGAAAAAGUUUUGAAACAUUUUACUGUAAAUAAAGGAAAGGUCUUUUCUUUAUUUUCUUCUAGAUAAAGUAUUUAUAGUUGAAACAAAUGGAAAGUGGUGGCAAAGGAAGAGAAGAGGAACCAGAUGGCAUGUCUGUACGCUCUCCAUGCAACGCUUCCCCUUCCUCUGCUUCUUCUCUCCCCAAGGACCAAUCAGAGAUUGAGUUGGAGCUUAUACUGCUAGAAGCUCUUGAAUUUUAUCCCCUGACGAAAUUACAAGGCAUACAUCGUCACUUUGUCCUUUAUGGUUUAAUGGAUUUUCUGCAGAGAAGGUUUGACCGGUACUUCUCUUCUGACGAGGUUCUGCAAUUGCUCGAUCGGUUCUACAACUUGGAAAUGCUGAAGCCAGACGAUGACGAGAUGGAAAUCCUGAAUCACGAGGAAGAUUUUUGCUUGCCUCCAAGUUUCUUUGUUAAGGAAGAACCAUAAGCAUUGAGCGCCUGUUUUUGUAUACAGACAUUGUUGAACUUGAACUGAUCAUAUGUUCAAUCUAUGUUUUUGGCGAUUUUUUCUUCUACAUAUGAUCAAUGAAUCUCGCUUUUGAGCAUUAUUAUCAUAUAUGUAGCAGAGUGAGAUCAUCAAUCAGAUCAAUUGGUACAUGAUCGCAUUGCGUUAGAUCUAUCACAUCACUUACAAUUGGUAGGCAUGGAGAAGCGGCACAACGGGCAGAGUCUGCUCUUCUACAACCGUUGAAAAAUGCAACUGUCGCGGUCAAGAUGCAAAUGCAGCUUAUGAGUGGCUUCCGAAUCAACCCCAAUGUCCGCUAUACAACAGCAAACCCCUGGUGAUGGCGAGGUUUGCAUUCUCACCUUCUCCAAUUUCUCAGUGGAAGUUAUAGUUGCUGGUACAAAUGUGGCUGAUCCCCACCACCACAACCACCACUAUCAUCCAACUCCGCAACUACAUCAACUUUGAGGAAUGCCUCCAUAUGCACAAGGCUAAUGCUCCUUGACCUAUCACGCGCUUCGAGCACAAUACUUUGUCCGCCACCGAGUAUCCGUAGAUCCCCCACUGCGGCCGUAUAUGUACGUAAAUCAACAGAAAGAUUCAAGACUCAAUUGAUCAGUAGAACCAGGCGUAACAGCUUGUCAUAUUGGGAUGGAAGGAAGCGAAUGAAAUUUUGAUUGAAGCUUUGCCAGCUCAGCUGGGUGCCCUAGAGCAGCUAGGAGCAGAGGAGAGGAGUCUUGCUUCUCAAGUCAGACACGAAGUUGUUCAAGUCUGGUUUGAAAUUGAUUGAUAUACAUCUACUUUGCAUUUUGAUUUUAAUUUUUUUCUAACGUACCAAGACUGUGAUUGACUUUGAAUAUCGCCACGGUAGUUACAUCAAAGCCCUCAAUUGGAAUCAUUAUGUAUGGGCCAGCUAGCUUGUAGAUUAGGUGGACUGGUGGAGAAAAAUCCUCAAAUACAAUUUUGUAUGCAUAUGAAUUAAAGUUUGGAAAA